AUGCAUGAAGACUCCGACAACUCUUAUAAUAUUUUGAAUGUAGGUCUGCUGGUGGACAGCAAGAAGUUGGAUGUAGUAAGUGUCAGCAUGGGCAAGGCGCAUGCCGUUCUACUGACGAGGCAAGGGGAGGUGUUCACAUUUGGCCUGAACAACAAGGGCCAGUGUGGUAGGGAUGGAAUCUCUGUGCCACAGCAGCAACAGCAACAACCAUCGCCACAACUUUCUCAACAGCAGCAACAACUUUCCCAACAACAACUUCAACAGCAGCAACAAAAAUUGCAACAACUCUUUCAACAAUCUUUUAAUCAGCAUGAGCUUUCAACGGAACAACAGAAACUUGAGCCAGAACAGAAAAAGAUAAAUUUGACUUAUGAAACUUUCAAUUUGAACACUGGGAUUGCUAAUAGUGAGACAAUUUGUAUUUAG